GGCGCGGCGAGCCGGGACGCGGCCUUGGACUACGCGCACUGCGUGGCCUCCCUCUCCUCCGACCCGGAGGCCCGGGACGCGGCGGACAUGCACGCGCUGGCGGCGGCGGCGACGCGGAUGGCGGUGGAGCACGCGGCGGCCACGGAGGCGCGGAUGGAGGGGCUGGGCGAGGCGGAGGGCAGCCCGCGCGCGCGCGCCAGGCUGGGGCGCUGCACUGAGCUCUACGGCGCCGCCGCCGACGUGCUGCGGGACGCGCUGGACAACAUCCGCGCGCGCGUGUACGGGCGCGCCGUCGAGCAGAUCGCGGCCGCGCUCGGCGCCGCCGAGCGGUGCGAGGACGCGUGGAAGGGCGACGAGGAGGCGCGGGGAGGCCGCGGCGUCCCCGUCGCCGGGCACGACAAGGAGUACGGCCGCCUCGCCGUCGUCGCCCUCGGCAUCACCAGCGGCAUCGCAUGA